AUGCUGCGCGCGGUGGCGGCUGCCGCCGCUGCCUUCCCGGCGCGGUUCGCCGCCGCGCCGGCCGUGGCGGCGGCGGAGGAGAUGAGGUCGCCGCUGCUCAGGGUCUUCGGGACACUGAGAAGCGGCCGGAGCUCGGCGCUGAGGACGAGGGCGCGCUUCUGCUCCAGUUCCUCCGGGAGCGAUUCCGAGGCCGCGGCGGCGGCGGCGGCGGCGGAGGCCAAGGCCGAGGAUGCGGUUCCCGCGGAGGGUGAGGCGGAAGGCAAGGCAUCCUCCGCCAUCGUGUCCACCAACCCCCGCCCCGAGGACUUCCUUUCGGUCAUAGCACUGCCUCUUCCACAUCGACCACUCUUUCCAGGAUUUUAUAUGCCGAUCUAUGUAAAGGACCCAAAGCUGUUGCAAGCCUUAAUAGAAAAUCGCAAAAGAUCAAUCCCGUAUGCUGGGGCCUUUCUUGUAAAGGAUGAAGAAGGUACUGACCCUAGUAUCGUGGCCAGUCCAGAUUCAGACAAUAAAAGCAUUGAUAAUCUCAAAGGGAAGGAGUUGUUGAAGCGUCUUCAUGAAAUUGGCACACUUGCUCAGAUAACCAGCAUCCAAGGGGAUCAGGUGGUGCUGCUUGGCCACCGACGUUUGCGGAUAACUGAGAUGGUCGAGGAGGACCCACUUACAGUUAAAGUUGACCAUCUGAAGGAAAAUACCUACAAUAAGGAUGAUGAUGUCAUAAAAGCAACCUCAUUUGAAGUUAUAUCAACUUUAAGGGAGGUCCUCAAGACAAGUUCCCUUUGGAAGGAUCAUGUCCAAACCUACAUACAGCAUGUGGGUGAUUUUAACUACCCACGGUUAGCAGACUUUGGUGCUGCUAUUUCUGGUGCCAACAAGUUGCUUUGCCAGGAAGUGCUCGAGGAAUUAGAUGUAGAUAAGCGUUUGAAGUUAACUCUUGAGUUAGUAAAGAAAGACAUGGAGAUCAGUAAGUUGCAGCAAGCAAUUGCAAAAGCAAUUGAAGAAAAAAUUAGUGGGGAUCAGCGACGUUAUUUAUUGAAUGAACAACUUAAAGCAAUCAAGAAGGAGCUAGGUUUGGAGACUGACGACAAGACAGCAUUGUCUGCAAAAUUUAGGGAAAGGAUUGAGGCAAAGAAAGACAAGUGUCCUCCUCAUGUUUUGCAAGUCAUUGAAGAAGAGCUCACCAAGCUACAACUGUUAGAAGCCAGUUCUAGUGAGUUCAACGUAACUCGUAACUAUUUGGACUGGCUGACGGUAUUGCCAUGGGGAAAUUAUAGCAACGAGAAUUUUGAUGUUCAUCAUGCCCAAGAAAUCCUUGAUGAAGAUCAUUAUGGUCUCAGUGAUGUUAAAGAGAGAAUAUUGGAAUUCAUAGCAGUUGGGAAGCUAAGAGGGACUUCCCAAGGAAAGAUCAUAUGUCUUUCUGGGCCACCAGGAGUCGGUAAAACUAGUAUUGGCCGCUCUAUUGCACGUGCAUUGAACAGGCAGUUUUACAGAUUUUCUGUUGGAGGUUUGGCUGAUGUGGCCGAAAUCAAGGGGCACCGGCGUACCUAUGUUGGUGCAAUGCCAGGGAAGAUGGUGCAAUGUCUCAAAUCAGUCGGGACAGCAAACCCUCUAGUAUUGAUAGAUGAGAUCGAUAAGCUUGGGAGAGGGCAUUCUGGUGAUCCAGCGAGUGCAUUGCUGGAACUUCUGGACCCUGAGCAGAAUAUUAAUUUUCUGGACCACUACCUUGAUGUUCCUAUUGACUUAUCCAAGGUUCUGUUUGUUUGCACAGCAAAUGUUAUUGAUACAAUACCUAAUCCAUUGCUGGAUAGAAUGGAGAUCAUUUCAAUAGCUGGUUAUAUAACUGAUGAGAAGAUGCAUAUUGCUCGAGAUUAUCUGGAGAAGAAUACCAGAGAGGCCUGUGGCAUUAAACCUGAACAGGUUGAAGUUACAGAUGCUGCCCUCCUUGCCUUAAUUGAAAAUUACUGCCGAGAAGCAGGGGUUCGGAACCUUCAAAAGCAGAUUGAGAAAAUUUACCGGAAGAUAGCUCUGCAGCUUGUCCGCCAAGGGGUAUCAAAUGAGCCAGCCCAAGUGGCUGUGAUUGCCACAGCAAGCGAUGAACUUACUGUUGGUGGUAGCGAAACAAUGGUGAAAGAUGAGAAUUUGAAGGAUCCUGCUAUCGAAGAUGCCGCCUUGGUCAACAGUAUAAUUGAUCCUGCCCCUGAGGAAGUUAAGGAGGUACCAUUGACAGAAGAAACUCUUGUAACUGAGCAAACUCUACCAGUGGACAAAUUGAACACAUCAGAGGGCAACAAAGACGCAGAGGAAGCACAAGAAGAGGCAGCAGGCAAGGUAGUUGAGAAGGUACUAAUUGACUCAUCAAACCUUGAUGAUUUUGUUGGGAAACCUGUAUUCCAAGCUGAGCGUAUAUAUGAGCAAACUCCUGUUGGAGUGGUCAUGGGUUUAGCUUGGACUUCUAUGGGUGGCUCUACUUUAUACAUUGAAACAACGAAAGUGGAGGAAGGAGAAGGGAAAGGUGCACUUGUGAUGACGGGGCAGCUUGGAGAUGUCAUGAAAGAGAGUGCUCAGAUUGCUCACACAGUUAGUAGAGCUAUACUACGCGACAGGGAGCCGGAGAAUCAGUUCUUUGCAAACUCAAAGUUGCACUUGCAUGUUCCUGCCGGGGCCACCCCUAAGGAUGGCCCUAGUGCUGGAUGUACCAUGAUUACAUCAAUGUUGUCCUUAGCUAUGGGAAAACCUGCCAGGAAGGACCUAGCAAUGACUGGUGAAGUAACACUGACUGGCAGAAUCCUCCCAAUUGGCGGGGUAAAAGAGAAGGCCAUUGCUGCACGGCGAAGCUCGAUAAAGACAAUCAUAUUUCCAUCAGCAAAUAAAAGGGAUUUCGACGAGCUUGCUCCUAACGUGAAGGAGGGUCUGGAGGUUCAUUUUGUUGACACAUACAGUGAAAUAUACGAGUUAGCUUUCAAGGGCGAGUCAGAGACAAGCUAGCAAGCACUUCAGAACAAAAUGUUCAGAUUGCACAAGGACUGAAAACUCAAGAAGUUUGCAGCUUAGACCAUUCAUAGCAACAUCAAGAGUAACUUAUUGUUGUGACCACUUUUUUUCUAGUGCUCAAUGUGGCAAGACUUGAGGAAAUUUUGGUAAAAAUGUUUGUAGCUAGGUAGCUGAGGAGGUAUCUCGAAUAAGAAGAAAUUCUCUUUUGGGGAGAACAAAAACAGAAUGCACAAGUUUUGCGGCUUUUACAAUUUUCCGUGUCUUCUUAUGAAUUGUUAGUUUCUUAAAAGAUGGGAUAUAAAUUUUAGUCUGAUUAUUUGA